GUUUAUUGCCCUCUCACUGCAGGGUUCUUGGACAAGUCUCAUGUGAGCUCGUGCCCCCCAAGCCAAAUCGGGCUACGGAAGGUAUCCUUUUCUUCAAUCUUGAGCUCUCACCAAUGGCAGCACCCGCUUUUGAGCCUGGCAGGCAAUCUGAGCUGCUGGUGAAACUGAACAGGCUGAUAGAACGAUGCCUGAGAAACUCGAAGUGCAUAGAUACGGAGUCUCUCUGUGUUGUUGCUGGUGAAAAGGUUUGGCAAAUUCGUGUGGACCUGCACCUGUUAAAUCAUGAUGGGAACAUCAUUGAUGCCGCUAGUAUAGCAGGAAUUGUAGCUUUGUGUCAUUUUCGCAGACCAGAUGUAUCUGUGCAAGGAGAGGAAAUAACUGUGUACACCCCUGAGGAGCGUGAUCCUGUCCCUUUGAGUAUCCAUCACAUGCCUAUUUGUGUCAGUUUUGCCUUCUUCCAACAAGGUACCUACUUACUGGUGGAUCCAAGUGAAAGAGAGGAACAGGUAAUGGAUGGUCUCCUUGUAAUUGCCAUGAAUAAACACCAGGAAAUUUGCACCAUACAGUCCAGUGGUGGGAUUAUGCUGUUAAAGGAUCAGGUUCUGAGAUGCAGUAAAAUAGCAGCUGUAAAGGUUGCAGAAAUAACAGAACUAAUUCAGAAGGCUUUGGAGAAUGAUCAGAAAGUUAGGAAAGAAGGUGGGAAAUUUGGCUUUGCAGAAUCUAUACCAAAUCAGAAGAUCACUGCCUUCAAAAUGGAGGGAGCUGCUGUUGAUACUAAGGAUGUGGAAGAACAAGCAGAAGAAAUCAUCACUAAGGCUGAUCCUCCUUCUGAAGUUUUUACCCAACCAAUACUGCACACUCCUGGGACAGCCCUAAUUGGGGAAGGAAUAGAAAAUGCCUGGGGAGACCUUGAAGAAUCUGAGAGAGAAGAAACUGAAGAUGAGGAAGGUGAAACUGAUGCUACUGCUUUUGAAUGGGAGAAAGUUAAAAUGGAGGAUACCAGUGUUACCAACGAAACUGAGAAAGAUGAACCUAUUGUCUUGUCUGAUAGUGAAGAGGAAGAAGUUGUCAUUCUGGAACCACAGGCUCCACCACGGAAAACAAGAACACAGGCCAACUUGAAACAAGAAAAUACAAGUAAGAAAACAUUUAACAAAAAGAGAAAAAAGAAGAGAGUUGCUCAUUAAAGUGAUCACCUGUCCUUCAGACAUAGUGUACAAUACAUAAUUUGUCUAUUGUUACUGACCUUAUUUUUGUAGAUAACUUU